AUGCUGACAUCUCCAGUCGCUCAGCGAUCCGGAGCUGCGAUCGAUACCUCUAAAACUCAGGCUGGUCAAUCGAAAGGCCCGGCCGACCACGGAAGAAUAGCAAAGCUGGACCGGGAUGAUGCUCCCAAGCCACCAGAGAAGAUCGAUGGAGCCUUGGGGAGGGGGACUGCUGGAAGUCAGAGAAGCGUGGAAGCUGGGGGCGGAGGAGACGGCUCGUUUAUCUCUUCAGGAAUCGGAGCUGAUCAGAACAGCGUCGGCAAGGCUCUCGCACAGGCUCGGGCUGCCAAGCUCAAGCCGGACGGAAAGAGCAUGACGCAGAAGGAGUUGGCUACCGCUGUCAACGCAAAGCCCCAGGAUAUUGCGGAUAUUGAGACUGCUCGUGCUGUACCAAACCAGCAGCUCUUGGGCAAGCUGGAGAGGAUUGUCGGUGUCAAGCUGAGAGGUGCGGCCUCGCUCAUCGGGACACCGCUUGGUGGACCCAAGAAGUAA